AAACACACAGUCUGCUCUCUCUCUUCUCCCUCUCUCUGAGGGAAAUCCGCUGCAUUUUGCACUGUUGCUGCCACUUUCCCUGGCAUCAGAGAUCUCAGUCACCUUGGAACGACAGGCAUGUGGCGGGGAAUGAGAGGGGCUAACAGAGGGACGAGGCAUAAGAUCCCGACUUCAAGAGGAUCAACCACUCAGUAACGGUCAGGAAAACAAACUGGUGCAAAGACCGAUAAAGAAUAGAAACAUGCUGGUGCCUUGGAAGUUGCGACUUUGCCUGAUGGCACUCAAUACAUUCUACCACGUUGUAACAGCCAACCUAUGCCUUGGAGGCCAGGAUAUUUUUGCAACAGUAAAAGAAAACAGUCCCACUGGGGAAUUUAUCGCAAAUCUCAGCAUUGCUGGUGACCCUGGAGCCAACAGCAUUCGCUUAUGCCUCACUGGAGCCAAUGCUGAUUGGUUCUUCCUCGAGGGCCGAACCAUUAGGCUAAACUCAUCCUCCUCCAGAGUCCUGGACCGAGAGGUUCAGGGAUCAGUUAUGAUGGCUGCACUAACCUGUUAUGAGGAUGACAUAAUACAGAGCGAGUAUCGGAUCAUGAUUGAGAUUCUGAAUGAAAAUGACAACAGGCCAGGUUUUCUACCAGAGACCAUUCAACCACGGUACAUAAGUGAGCUAACAGCUGUGAACUCAGUGGUGUUUACAGUCAAAGCCAAAGAUCCAGAUGGAGACACAAUCAUAUACAUCAUUGAUAGAUCAUUGCCUGAUGCCCACUAUUUCAGGAUAGACCUGCCCAACAGUGGAAAAGUCAUCCUGGACAAACCCUUGGACUUUGAGACAAAAACUCAAUUACAUGUGCUCAUAUAUGCAGUGGAAAUGAAUACAAAGGAGAAGUACAACAUCACAGCCACAGUGACAAUAAAUGUAGUAGAUGGUGAUGACCAGUAUCCACAGUUCCUGCCUUGUUCUCUCAUCUAUGAAGAUCAGAACCAUACAGUCUGCACCAGCCCUGUCUACACAGUUAACAUCACAGAGAGGGAGCAGAACACCAUACUUAAUUUCUCCCCUGGUCAAAUUUAUGCUGAAGAUGGAGACAGAGACCUGAUGACUCCCUUAAUCUAUGCUAUUCUAUCAGGUGAUGACAACGGUAGGUUUAUAAUUGACCAUGAAACUGGAGAGAUCACAAUAACACGGAGAGUAGAAAACAGACUGCUCACACCCUUAUUCAGACUCCGCAUCAUGGCUGCCCAAAUGAACGACCUAAAGAAAUAUGCUGUGGCAACAGCGCUGGUUCAUGUGGUGGCUGAAAAUCAUUACCCUCCUUACUUCAACAAAACCACAUACAAGGGUUUUCUCAUAGAGAACUCCAGUCCUGCUACACUGGUCUACACCUACGGCAACCAAGUCCUGCAGGUUCAGGUCAUAGACGGAGACUUCAAAGAUGGGGUUAAUCCCAAAAUUCAUUAUGCUCUUCAUCCUGUUGACCCCAGCACCAAGUUAUUCCAUAUCACCCAGGACGGCAUCAUCAUUGCAAAGACGGAUCACCUUAGAGCCUUUGACAGGCACAUUCUAGAGGUGGUGGCGACAGACCAAGAGUCAGGUGAUGUUGCCAAUGCCUCCAUUGAUAUUGAAGUUCUACAGCGAGGACAGCCCGUUCCCCGAAAUCCAUUUGGAGAGGAGCGACUUUUUGGAGACAUGAAUGCAGGGAUGGCUGGGGGUAUUGCUGCUAUGGUGCUGCUCUUGGCGCUCGCAGCCUUUUUUCUCUUAAUCCGGCUGGUCAGGAGACGGAGAGAGAGGCAGGAUCCUGCUGACAGAGGCUCAGUGGCCCUGGGAAAACACCCUAAUGUGGUCAACUCAGGACGGCCAAUACCCUUAAGGGAGGAGGCCGCAUACCACAAUGAGGCAUUCAUCGACCAUGAAGCCUCAAGCACCAGCAGUCUCCAUGGGAGACAAGGAGUCUACACCAAAAGAGAUGAAAUGCCUCCACCACCAGCUGGGUUGUACACUACCAGAGAGACUGAGAAAUCGAUGCCUCCAAAGGACAUGUUACCAAUACUUGUGAUUCCUGAGGCACCAUCUGCGGUGUCCAAUGGGAAGACGAUGGAUAAAUCUUUCUCUUCAAGGGACGAAACUGCAAAGAAGGAGAGACUAAAAGGCAAUGCAGGGGAAAACAAAACUAGUGCACAGGAAGAAAAAUGGCCAAGUGAGGAUAAACAAACAGAGAAAAUGGUGCUCCCAAAGAAUCAGUCCAUUAUUGUCACCAGGGCAGAAGUGACUGGCAUGGUAAGCAGUGAAAACAACCAGGACAUGGAGAAGAGUUCAGAAAACAGUUCUAGACCAAAAACAGCAGCAGGACAUAAAGAGGGUCAAAAAAGAAGGGAUGAAGGUGAGCAAGCUCAACAAAACGCACAAAAGUCCAUGCGCUCUGGAAUGUCUGUCAGUGAUGAGGAGGCCAGAAGAAAGGAGGGACCAAGCAACAAAAGCUUUUACCAAAUGAACAGAGCUGCCCAGGCUAACAGGGACAAACUGCAACAUGAUUCAGGAGCCAAGAGAAAUGACCAGACAUCAUCUAUAUCAGAUGAAGGCCCUGCUGUCAAAUUGACCCCUCAGCCUGAUCCUUCACAAGCUGGGCUUCUGUAUUUUGUGGAAGAUUCAAUUGAAUUUUAAAUUGAGGCAUUUAAAGAAAUGUAAAUAAGAACACAGAGGCAUCUCUCCAAAAAAUAAUGAAAACCCAACUUGGGAAAUAGAAUUGGGAAAGUUCCUCUUAAGUUUAUUUUGAGACAUAUGUGGACUAUGAGAAAAAAUGUUUUUUUUUGUGAAUUGUUAAUUAUGAGCCUUAACUGCACAUGCUGGAAAUUUGGGCAAUGGUCUUAAUUAGAGUGACACAUGGAAAAAAUUGUAUUACAACCACACAUUGUAAUAACAAAAACUAUUUUCCAUAUUAUUACCCAUAUUUGAAUGUAACCUAUGCAAAAAUCUGGCUUUAAACUCCUGUAAGUAUUAGUAAACUUUGAAUUACCAUU